CGUGCAUGUUGACGAAGACGGAAGAGGAUAUCCCAUCCUGCAGAUUGCACGUCAACAGUAGCUGUAGUGUAGAGAGAUGCCUCGUUAAGUUAGGUACAUUCUUCGUGGAAGUCUACAUUUUGCCUGAAAGACCUAGCAAUAUCUUACAUAUUUGGACAAAAUGGAGCAAGAGCCGAAUCCAGAAUCUAUAACUUCUCCCUCUGGUCAAGGGCCUGGAAAGUCGAAGCUGGACACACUGUCAAAAGAAGACUUAAUCAAGUAUGCAAAAAAACAAAUAGCUUUAAUGCAGAGGAUGAAAUCAAAAUGCUCAGAUUUGGAAAAAGAAGUUGACACACUCAAAGCCCAGAAGAAUAGUGAUUCAGAUGAUUCUAUUAUCAAGGAAUUGACAGAGAGGAUGGAUAUGGUUCUUCUGGAGAAAGCAGAAACACAGCAGAGCCUGGUCCUUCUUCGCAAAGAAAAUGAAAGUGUUAAAAAGCAGGCACAGGAUUAUGUUGAGGCAAUGGCAAAACUUCAAGAAAAGCUGGAUCAAGCACAGAAUGAGCACUCAACAAAACUUGAUGCUCUACAAAAAGUAAUUGAAACAGCAGAAGCUAAACACAGAGAAGACCUUGAAAAAGUUCAACAGCUCAUGAAGGACAAAAGACAAGAUGAACAGAAAAAUGAAAAACAUAAACAAGAGGAAAUUGACAAAUUGAAGACCAAUCUAGAAGAAAUUCACAAAAGCUAUGAGGAUAAGAUAACUGGCUUUCAGAAGGAGCUAGAGGUAGAGAAGAAAAAGAGGCUUGCUGAGACUGAAAGGCUCCGAGAGGAUCACUUAAAGGCACUCUCAGAGUCCCACCGUGAACUGGAAGACCUCCAGGGGCAGUUGGCAAACGUUCGCCAGCUACAUGAAGAAGAGGUCAGAGACUUGAUGUUGCAGCUGGAGGAGAAUGCAGCAGACUUUGAGAUGGAAAGAGAGCGACUCUUAUCUCUCCAGGAUGAGCUUUCAGAGCAGCUUGCAAUGAAGGAAAAUUAUCUGCAAGAUGUGCAGGAGGAGGAGGAGGACCCUAACAGACAUGGGGCACUUAAAGAUCCAUUAGUCUGUAAAAUGUUGAAUUUCUCAGGUGCAGAUGACCAGAAUGAUGAGGUGAGUCAACUGAAGACAAACUUAGAAGACUUGCAGGCCCAGAACACCUUGUUUCAAGAUGAACUCACAUACCUACGUAAUGUGAAAAUAGAGCUGGAAUCUGAUCUAAAUCACAUGAGACAGGAAUUCCAACUGGAGAAAGAAGAACUUGAGUUCAAGAUUGAUGAACUUCAAAUGACCAAAGAUGAUGGUGCAAAAACUUUAGAGAAAAAUAUGGAAAACCUUCACAUCACUAAUGAGGGAGGUGAUAUGACAAUUGAUCAGCAGGAACAAGAGGUUCAAGACUUGAAAGAACUUCACAAGACCGAAUUACAUGCACUUGAAAAAAAGCUGCUCUCACAAAACAAAAUGGAUAAAGAGACACUGGCCCAAGAAAUGCAGGCGCUAAGAAACAGGUGCGAGCAACUGUCUGUUGAGAAGAAUUGUGCCAUUGAAGAGUGCAAGCACACCCAGGAAAUUCUGACGAGUUUUGAGUUAGAGCUAGGAGAAAAAACAGGUGACUUUUUAAAGCAGUAUGAUGCCAUGAAGGAGCAAAGUGCAUCUACUGUUCAGGAUUUACAAGAGAAACUGAGGGUGACAUGCAGUGAGCGAGACAGCUUACUGGAGCAAGUUGGGAGCCUUCAACUUACAGUAAAGUCAUUGGAGGACCUCAAGAUCUCCUCAGAUGCUUUGCAAAAGCAAAAUGAAGAAGUUCUGUACCAGCUUCACCAAAAAGAGACUGCUGUGGUGGAGCUGAAAGAGAUACUGGAUGUGGCAUCAUCAGACAAAAACAAUCUUCAACAGUGUUUAGAGACCGCACAGGCAGAAUUGGCUAAACUUAGAGAAGACUAUGAUUUGGAGAGAUCAGAGAAAUCAGUGGUCUCUUACAGUUUUGAAAGCAUAUCCAAGGAAAAGGAAGGGAUGCAGUGUAGGCUAGAUGAACUAUCAUCAGCUCUUGAAAGUGCCUUAACUGAAAAGGAGAGCAUUGGCACACUAGUGACAGAUUUGAAGAGCAAACUCUCUCUGGCCAUCUCCGAGAAGGAUGAGCAGCGUAGCCAUCUUGAAGCGGCUCUGGAGGAGCUUGCUGCUCUUCAGGAAAAAGGAAAGCAGUCCCAAGAUCUUAUCAACAACCUGAAAUCAGAAGCCAUUAGCAUAUCGAAUGAAGAAAGGGAUAAUCUUCAAAAGAGCCUUCAGAUUAUGUCAGAUGAGCAGGAAGCACUAAAAAUGGACAAGAAUGCCAUUGAGACAAAACUCUCGGAAUCUUAUGGUCAUAUCAUGAACUUACUUGAACAAAAUAACUGGGAUGUAUGCACAGAUGACAAGGAUCUUGCUGGUAUUUUAGAUGCUGUCAUAGCAAUGGCACAACAGGAAAAACUUGAUCUGACCGACAGGGUAGCAGAACUGACAGAAGAGAUGGAGAGAUUUAAGCAACAGAGCGCCCACACUCAGGUUGAACUCCAGGCUCACGUAGAGGACCUCAGUCGUGAGAAGAGCUUAUUAAAGGGCAAUCUUGAUGAGGUUGUGUCUGAUGUAGAAGCCUUACAGAGAGAUCUUUCUGAAAUGAAGACUGUGAAUGAAAAGAUCAGAGUGGAAAACCAAGAGCUGCUUGCUCAAAUUGCUGAAGCAUCUGAGAAGUUGUCAGCCAGAGAACAUGAUGGAACGUCAGGGGGAAACGAGAAGAUCUUGGAUAAAAUCAAUAUUGAGAGAAAGGAGCUCCAGCAGCUGCUGACAGAGAAAGACUCCCUUCUGAAGCAGCUGAGAGAGGAUAUGGCUAUUUUACAGAAAUCGACUCACAGUGAUACCACCAGUGAAGAAAGCAUGAAGGAGUACACUGAGAAAAUAGCAAUACUGGAAAAGGAGAGCAAAGAAAAGGACGAGAGGAUGAACAAAAUCAAAGUGGUGGCUUUGAAGGCCAGAAAAGAACUGGAUAAUAGCAAAAAGGAGGUUCUUGCAUUGAAAGAAGAGGUGGUAGCUUUACAAGCAGAGCGGGACAGAGUUUCCAACUCCAUGAAAGACAUUAUCCAUGGGGCUGAAGACUGUAAGAACCUCAUGAUGGAUUAUGAUAAGCAGACUGAGCUAUUGGAUAAGGAGCGAGAGAAGCUUGAGGGGGCGGAGAAACAAAUUGGAGAUUUGACCAAACGUCUGCAAACUGCCAUGCAGCAGCAUGAGCAGUUUGAGUCGGAGAGAGAGGACUUGAAGGCUCGAUUGGAGACUCUGCAGACUAACGUCAGGCAGCUGGAGGCUCAAGCUUUAGAAAUGCACAAAGUCAAAUGUGCACUUGAAAAGGACCUGGAGGGAGAAAGGCUCUUAAAAGAACAAAAAGUCAAGGAGCACGUGUCUGCUGUUAAGGAGGUGGAGGAGCUCCAGAGUCAGCUGCGUAGACAGAAGCAGCAGCUGCAGCAGACUGCACAGGAACUCGAGCAGCUUCGCAGGGAUGCUCAGCAGAGCACUCUCCUGGACAUGGAAAUGGCCGACUAUGAGCGCCUGGUUAAAGAGCUCAACACUAAGAUCACAGAGAAAGACACCAAGAUUGAGGAUCUGGGAAGGCAGCUACAGACCCAGAAAAAGAGAGAGGAAAGCCUGAGCGAGGAGAUCGAAUCCCUGAAGUCCCAGGUAGACCAAGGGGAAGAGAAAUCAUCCAAGAUGAAACAGCUGCUGGUGAAAACAAAGAAGGAUUUGGCUGAUGCCAAGAAAAAUGAAGCUUCUCAGAUGCUUUCCAAUGCUGCUUUGAAGGGAGAACUGGAGGCACACCAACAACAACUGGAAGGCUAUAAAAUUCAGUGCAGUGAGCUAACAGCUGAGCGUCACCGACUGCAGGGGCAGCUGAAGGCUUCGGCUGAGCAGCAUCAGAGGACGUCAGGAUCCUAUCAGCUGAGACUGACCACCCUACAGGAGGAGUGCAGCACAGCUAAGGCUGAACUGGCUGCAACCACAUCAGAAUUUGAGAGCUACAAAGUGCGUGUGCAUAAUGUUCUAAAGCAGCAGAAAAACAAGAGCUCGGCCCAAAAUGACAGUGAUGUCACUAAGCAGGAAAGGGAGCACAUGGAGAGCAUGCUGGAGCAGCUGACGUCUCGGUUACAGGACACGCAGCACAACCUCCAGGCCAGCAGUGCAGAGCUGCAGCAGCUGCAGACGGAGCACGACACACUGCUGGAGCGCCACAACAAGAUCCUGCAGGAGACCGUUGUCAAAGAGGCCGAACUCCGUGAGAGGCUCUUGACACUGCAGUCUGAGAACAUGGCUCUGAAAGCGGAGCAUGCCCAGACGGUCAGUCAGCUGAGCUCGCAGGCCGACGUCCUUCGCAGCAGCUUCCGGGAGCAGUUGCGCCACGCGCAGGACGAGCAUCGCGGCACGGUGGAGACGCUGCAGCAGCAGCUCGGCCGCCUGGAGAACCAGCUCUUCCAGCUGCAGAAGGAGUCCAGCGCCAGCUCAACCCCCCUGCAGCAGGGUAAGAAAUUGAUGCAGGAGCGGAGGCCCACGGACCUGCCUCUGUUAGAGCUGCAGUCCAUGGCACGAGAGGAGGGAGAGGGCAUGGAGACGACCGAGACCGAGUCCGUGUCCUCUGCAGGCACACCACUGCCCUCCCUGGAGCAGCUCCUCUCCUCUCCAGAUCCCAAACAUGAGCCAUUUGUGUGGCAGGUGGAGCCCACGAAAGAAGAGCUGACUCAAAAACUGAACACAGCUACGCGUAGCAUGGAACACGUGAAUGGGCUGCUGCAUGAAACCGAGGCUACAAACGCCAUCCUCAUGGAACAGAUCACGCUGCUGAAGAGCGAGGUGCGGCGACUGGAGAGGAACCAGGAGCGGGAGAAGUCGGUGGCCAACCUGGAGUACCUGAAGAACGUGCUCCUGCAGUUCAUCUUCCUGCGCUCGGGCAGUGAGAGGCAGGCCCUGCUGCCCGUCAUCCACACCAUGCUGCAGCUCAGCCCUGAGGAGAAGAGCAAGCUAGCCGCCAUCGCUCAGGGUGAAGAGGAAGCAGACCGGUCCCGAGGCUCUGGGUGGUCCUCCUACCUGCACAGCUGGUCUGGGAUCCGAUGAGAGUUGCAGCCGCCGCGGGCUCCUCUUACUGUGACCUCACCUCAGCUCGCCAUCAUCUUUUAAAUAACUCAAAGUACAACCCAUAUGCCUUUUCCACAAAAAUAGAUCUGUUUUUAUAUUUUGAUAAAGAUUCCUUUAUUGCAGUUCUACAUUAUUUAUAAAUGACUUGAAUAUUAGCUAGACCUUCAUAUAAGCUGAUGGGCUCGUUAUUACCCAUUACUUAUAGCUGACACUGUUAUCCAUGUUUCUUGUUUUUCCAAUGUAUAGCAUACUGUAUGUUCCUUCACUUAAAUAUUUUGCAUCUGUGAGUCAAAAAACUGUUACUGAAACAUUCACAUUCCUUACCCUUUGUUGAUUUUAACACUUUAACUGUAAUUGAUCUCAAAAGGGAUAAUAUACUUUUUACAGGUAUGGCUAUUAUUGUUGCACACUGUAGAAUAUCAAGGAUAUUGUGGAACUAUACUGCACAUUAUUUUCAGUUUUCAAUUUGUUUAAUUUCAAUAUAAUGAUUCAUAUCAAGGUAUCUUUAUUAACUGAAAUAAUACAUAUGUUCAGACACUCAACAGAGGCUCAUGAGAUUAUACUGAAAUAAAUGACCCACUGUCAAACAUAACAUGAGGGGGACCAAAUGGAAUUAAAUGGGUGUUACUGCUAUGAUUUUCCACCUUGUAUGGAAAGCUAAUGGAGAGCUUAAGCUAAGGAGAAAUUAUUGACAAAUGAAUGAAAUAUCUUAACUGAAUGUAUUGCAUUUUAUAAUAUUAUUGUACAUAAUGAGUAUUGAUCAGUCAUGCAAGGAAUAUAUUUAACAUUUUGCUCUUGAUAAAUAUCCGUUCAACUCGGUCAGUAGCCUGAUGAUGGUCUCCUCAAAAAGGGUAUGAACCCGUAAAACUCCCCUCCCCUUUAUAGAAAGGUUUAGAGAUUUACUCGGAAAUGUGCAAUUUGACCACACUGAUUCAUUACAUGCUUCAACUGCGAGUAAUAAAAUUGCUGUUUCGAAAUAAAUCUGUCCAUUCAUUGGUGAACUGAA